AUGAAUUGGAUACUUAACGAGAGCGGAAUUAGUCUAGUAAAAUCACAAGCUAAAAUACAGCCUGAAGCACAAUCAGCUGGUAGCAUUCAAAGAAUGGUAGCCAAGUUACGUCAAGGUGUCCGUAAUUUUGGAGUUAGAAUUAUCGUUUUAUUGCCACGUAACUGGGCCUAUGAUCAAGUAAUGAAUGUUUUUGGUUGUUCAAAGCAUGCUGUAAAAGUAGCAAGAAAAAUGCAGGAUAAUAAUGAUUAUGUAGUAAAUAAUGAAAAAACAACUGUCAUUCGACAAAGAUUUGAUCCUGAAAAAACAAAACAGUUUAUAACUUGA